GCGAUUUAGACGGGCGAGCGGCGCGACGGGCAGCACAACUCGCUGAUCGAGGCAGAGGCAGGACCUGCGGGCUGCGGUUCAAGGGUGCGAGAAAGACAGGCCAGGUCAUCACCAAAGUCUAGAACAUUCAGCUGUGUCCAGGGUGUCCACUGGAUCCCAUUUUACUUCUACACUGUGGAUGUCUUCUUGACCCAGUCCCAUCACCAGCAAGAAGGGUAACAGCAAACAGCCUCCUGUCCACAUCCGCGAGCAAGACACACUGUAAGAUGGAGGCACUGAAUGAGAACAACACCACCAACGUUGCUGUAGAAUCACAAAGUGCCACCGUGUUGAACGAGCUCACUACCACAUUUGAUUACGGCUCAAUCCCAAAUGCUGAACCCUGUGACAGUAUCGACUUUGGCAAGGUGUUUCUCCCAGUAAUCUAUUCCUUGCUUUUCAUUGCCGGGCUUCUGGGAAAUAGCCUUGUGCUCUACGUUGUGGCAAGAUGUGUAAAACUGAAGAGCAUGACUGAUAUUUGCCUGCUGAAUUUGGCGAUUUCCGACCUGCUGUUUGUUUUUUCACUUCCACUCCAGGCGUAUUACUCAGCGGAUAGGUGGAUUUUUGGAGAUGAACUCUGUAAAAUGACCAUGGGAGCUUAUUAUAUCGGCUUCUUUGCAGGAAUCUUCUUCAUAACGCUGAUGAGUAUAGACAGAUACCUGGCGAUAGUCCACGCUGUGUAUGCCAUCAAGGCCAGAACCUCCUUCUACGGCUCCAUUGCCAGUGCCGUGGUUUGGGUGUCAGCUCUGCUGGCUUCUUUUCCUGAGAUCAUAUACAACAGGCUGAACAAGGAGGAAAGUACGUGUAGGCCUAUGUAUUCAGAUAAUGAAACAAGCCACCACCUAGCGAUACUUCACAACUUGAAGCUCAACAUUUUAGGACUUCUCAUCCCGUCGUUUAUAAUGGUUUACUGCUAUUUUCGAAUCAUAUACCGUUUAUCGCAAUGCCGGACAGUCAAAAAGCAAACAAUCAAGCUGGUAUAUUUUAUCGUGGCGGCAUUCUUCAUCUUUUGGACUCCAUACAAUAUCGUAUCCUUUUUUGAUGUUUUACGAAAGCUUGGGGUUUUCGAUGACUGCGAGUCAAGUAAUAAAAUAGAUCUCCUUCUUCAAAUAACAGAGGCCUUUGCAUACGUCCACAGCUGCCUAAAUCCAUACAUCUAUGUUUUUGUUGGGGAAAAAUUUAGGAGGCAUUUGCUACACAACUUACCUUUAUCAUACUGCAAGGUAAUGAAAAGGCGCCUGACAUUAACUACCGUUUCCACUUAUGAACAGUCGAGCAGCUUCGCCGAAAGAAGCUCAGGGCUGUAAAGAUGCAGAUAAACAACAUGGAGUCAGAGAAGUGCUGUGGACGCUUGUAUCUGCAAAACACGAGGGGAGAAAUAGGUAAAGGUUGAAUUUCACUUUGAAAGAGUUACAAAUACCACAUACCGGCAGCUUGGCUCAAAUUUUAUUUAGUCGAUUUCCAGGACCAUCUUAAGUGAAUGCAAAAAAAAAUAAAAUAAAAUCUGAUGUCUCCAGAAAGCAAAACUGUUCUAUUUUAUUAUGGAGAAUAUAAUGAAAGAAUCAUAUCUUGAUGAAAAAAAUAUAUCAAUAUUCUCCUUCCCCAGUUGUGCUGUAGUUAUGCUAGGAAAGCUAGCAAAGGUUAUUUAAAUAGUAACCGGGAGAAUAAGGCGAAGUCAAAACUGAAAUAAUUAUCUGAAAACCGUGAAAUCAACCAUAAUGGACAAAUCAUGAAACAAAGUCAAAAACCCGAGUCAAAAUUAAAAAACAAAAACGCAAAAGGACUUAAAAGGUGAUUUGAAAUCCGCAAACUAGGACAAGUAAGUGCUUCCAGAUACGGCCAUUUAACCUGUCGUGUCAUUAGUUGGAGGUCUACCCUAAUAAUGACGAAGUCAAAAUGGUGGCGAUUGUGAACAAACAAAAAUGGCUGCAAUAAUGACCCAAAAUAAUAAACAAAAAAUAAAAGUAAGCUUUCAUUCGAAAAUGGAUGUCAGAUUCAGAUUUCAGGACUCAAGAAACCCCCCAAAAUGAGCGGUAGGCCUUGUAUAAAAGAUAAAGAAUAACGUGCAAAAAUGUAAAUAACAAACUCAUUCAUGACAGUUGGGACACAAAUACGAGGUUUGAUCCAAAAAAUACAGUGAAUGUUUUAAAAAAAGAAAACGGUUAUUGCAGUAAAAGAUUUAUAACUACUAGUCCCCCUCAA